GCUUAACUACAUUCAAAGAGGCAUGCAUGCCAGGACGUCAGAAGGAAAGGAGCUGCGCAGGGGAAGGUCUCUGGAUACCAGGAGUGUCUCCACCAGCUUUGGGAGAGGGUCUACAACCAUCAUAUUCACUCUGAAAAAUGAAGUCAGUGGUCUGAUAAAGGCACUCAAGCUUUUCCAGGAUAAACAUGUCAGCCUCAUUCACAUUGAGUCCCGUAAGUCCAAACGAAGGAAUUCAGACUUUGAGAUCUUUGUGGACUGCAACACGGACCACGAGCAGUUCAAGGAGCUGACGGAGCUGCUCAGGAAGCACACGGACAUCGUGGAGAUCGCUCCGUGUGACAGCUCCACGCUACCUGAGGAUGAUGUGUGCGGUGUGCCGUGGUUCCCCAAGAAGAUCUCGGAUUUGGAUCUGUGUUCAAACAGGGUUUUGAUGUACGGCUCUGAGCUAGAUGCAGAUCAUCCGGGAUUUAAAGACAAAGUAUACAGAAAAAGAAGAAAAUACUUUGCUGAUUUAGCCAUGAACUACAAACACGGUGAUCCCAUCCCUCGUGUGGACUACACUGCAGAGGAGGUGCGUACCUGGGGCGUGGUGUUCAGGGAGCUCAACAAGCUGUACCCGAGCCACGCCUGCAGGGAGUAUCUGAAGAACCUCCCUCUGCUGACCCAGUGCUGUAAAUACAGUGAGGACAACAUCCCGCAGCUGGAAGACGUCUCACACUUCCUUAAAGAACGCUCAGGCUUCAUCAUUCGGCCCGUCGCCGGUUACCUGUCCCCCCGGGACUUCCUCGCAGGUCUGGCCUUCAGAGUCUUCCACUGCACUCAGUAUGUGCGCCACGGUUCAGAGCCUCUGUACACACCUGAGCCGGACACGUGCCACGAGCUGCUGGGUCACGUCCCCCUGCUCGCUGAGCCCAGCUUCGCUCAGUUCUCUCAGGAGCUCGGGUUGGCGUCGCUCGGCGCUUCGGAUGAUGAUGUAAACAAACUUGCCACGUGUUAUUUCUUCACGGUGGAGUUCGGACUGUGUAAGCAGAGCGGCGGGCUGAGGGCCUACGGAGCCGGACUCCUCUCCUCCGUCAGUGAGCUCCAGCACGCUUUGUCCAGCAGUGCCAGCAUCCUUCCAUUUGACCCCACAGUGACCUGCAACCAGGAGUGCAUGAUUACCACGUUUCAGCACGUGUACUAUGUGGCCGAAAGUUUUGAGGAAGCCAAGAACAAAAUGAGGGAGUUUGCUAAGACCCUUCGACGUCCCUUCACGAUACGCUACGACCCGUACACUCAGAGCGUGGAGGUUCUGGAGGACACCGGCAACAUCAACAGCAUGGUGAAGGACAUCCGGCACGAGCUGGACAUCGUCGAAGACGCUCUGAACCGGCUCAGCAGAAAACUGCAGAGUGCAUAAAGAGGCGCUGCUGAACUCUAUGGAAAAGCAGCACACAGCCGCCAAAGAAACUCACUAACAGCAAAAUACUAUUUAUAUU